AGGCUGGAGCUCCGAACCUCGACCCGACAUCGAUAUUUCUUUUGCAUCAAUCAUUCGUCUUUCUUGUCUUUCUCUUUUUCUGUGUGAAAAAUGUCUUGCUGUGGAGGAAACUGUGGCUGCGGCUCUGCUUGCCAAUGCGGCAACGGUUGUGGCGGGUGCAAGAUGUAUCCAGACUUGAGCUAUUCUGAGACCACCGCUACCACUGAGACCCUUGUUCUUGGUGUUGCUCCCAUGAAAACCGAGUUUGAGGGAUCUAUGAUGGGGGAGGUCACAACUGAGAAUGGGUGCAAGUGUGGGGACAACUGCACAUGCGAUCCUUGCAAUUGCAAGUGAGAUUUGAAACUCAAUUGCAAUAGAGCAGAGACGGGUUUAGGUUUAAUUUGUUUUGAAAAAUAAGUGGUUGUGUACUUAGUUUGUGAUGUGAAAGGUUAAGUGGUUUGAUUUCUGUAAUCUACUUUGUGAUAUGACAAGUGGAUGGUAAUAUGUAUGUAGUGGUUAUUAAUAUUGCGGUGUAUCGUCUCUGUUUUAUAAUAACUUAAUGAAAAAUUCGUUAGUUAUCUUAUUUUA